AUGGACCCAUUCAGCCGACUUCCUUGGUUCGCGCUAAGAAAUAUUCUCUCAGAUCUCCCAGAUUUGCUCACGCUGCAAAGAUUGUACAAUGCAUCUCCGGGUGUCGCAGCAUUCCUGCACAAAAAUAACUAUCUAUUUGCCGUGAUUGUGGACGAGAUCAUCGGAGGCCCAGCUCGCGAAAGGGGCCUGCUGCCACAUGUUCAGGACGCAGUCAGGCUCUUGGUUCUUGUCUGGACCCGAGCGGCGGAUUCAAAGCCUCGACAGGAGAACGAUAAACCUGCAGAGGCACCGGAGGAGUCAUACAUAGACAUUCUAAGCAUCCCGGGAUACGUUAAGGAGCGGUUCCCGCAGAAACAGCCUCCAAUUGAGAAGACAAUAUCCAGGUCGACGUCGUCGGCCAUUCUUUGUCGGCUCCUUGCCAUGAUGACCCGAUUGCGACGCAUCGCGCAUGCAUGCUUUCAUUCAAUGAUUGCUAGGUGCCUAAAGUUGCGGGUGAAGCAUUUGCCCAAGGGGGGGAUAUAUAUCAAUACGCGUGGUGUAGUUGACCGUAGUCAACGCCCUCGGGGAAUCCGUUACGUUCCCGUUGAUAUCGGACCACCAACGUACUUUGAGGAGCAACGCUUGCUUUAUGCUUUACUCUGUAUUGUCCUGUGUCAUGAACUUUGGAAGAUACACGUGGAAUGUUCGGUUAUAACGACAGACGGGCAGCCGGUACGGACGUUGCUGGAUGACAACGUGGUAGGGCUCUGGAAGACACUAUUCAAGAUGCUCAAGGAGAACCUGGUCGAGCAGAUAAAGACUCUUCUUGAAUGGCUAGAUGGACAGGCAGGUGGGCGUGGAAAGGUGUACUCUUGGAUGCUCUCCGGUUCAAUCCCGGAGAAAUUCAGCCAUUGCUGCGGUCGUUAUACCUCGAUGACGGAUGAGCAAUGGGCUAUUACUCGUAGCAAUUCUACCCGAGGCUCACAGUGUCUAUAUGAGUGCAGUACGAACAAUUUAUCACCUGCCAACUUCUCCAACAUCGCCUCCCUCCUCUGGCACGCCUACGCCGCCCUCCCAUCCCCCUCCUCCUCCGUAAACUGGGCAGGCUUUUACAUCCGCCAGGAUAAAUUCCCCGCGCUCGGCUCGUCCCAGAAUACACCAAGCAGUAACACCAACCUGCUACUCCUGGGCCCAUUCCAGGGCCGCCCCGCCUGCCAGGAGAUCCGCUUCGGGCGCGGCGUGUGCGGCGCCGCAGCGGAGAAGCGCGAGACGGUGAUUGUGCCGGACGUGUUGAGUUUCCCGGGCCAUAUCGCCUGCGACGCGAGUAGUCGGAGUGAGAUUGUGGUGCCGAUUUUGGCUGGUGGGGAGACGGUUGCGAUCAUCGAUGUGGAUUGUACGGAGCCGGCUGGGUUCGAUGAGGAGGAUAAGAAGUGGUUGGAGGAGCUUGCUUCGCUCUUGUCGGAGUGUUGUGAUUGGUAA